AUGACCACGGAAAGUUUAACGCCGACUCCCAAAUCCUCGAAUGAUCAAAAGCGGCCAAACACAACCCGGAGGACGUCAAAGCCCAAGAAGCGGAAAUCGAAACGGAAGGUUUCGGGGCAACGCAGCGACUGGUUUGAGAUCAACAACAUAAUCGACGAAAGGGAUUACAGGGGAAGGCGCCAGUGCCUGGUCGACUGGAAGGGUACCGAUCCGGCUACUGGUAGACCGUACGAUGCAACUUGGGAAUCAGAGAAGAACGUGACAGAAGACGCGAUUUAUGCUUGGAGACAGAUCAAGAGAGUGCGGAAGAGAGUACGCGCGGUGCUGGACGAGACAUCGCCCGAAGUGGAUUCUUCCCAGCUCCAGGACGACGAGGCUGCCCAACCAGCCCGCGACCAUCGCAGGCGACACUCGCGGAGGGGGAACUCGGACGUGCACGAACAGGAGGACGGUGGGGCGCGCAAAAGAAGACGGUUCUUACGGUCUCGAUUUAUCGAGCUUGAAUCACAAGACAUUGGAGGAUCAGGAACAAGUGGCGUGCAUUCAUCGCAAGCUGGCUCAGUCGCCGCACAGAAGGCACCAGAGCAUUUGCAGACCAAUUUCGUGAUUGCGCUGCCGGAAGUUGCUUCCAUCGAUAGAACCGAGUUCCUCAAGGUAUCUCUGUCGCAGAGCAGUCAAGCUACAGGAACGGAAAGGGGUUACCGAGACGACGAGUCCUCAGUUGCCGCCAGGCGUCCUGUCAACCUGAGCCAAAGGACCAUUCCUGACUCUCAGGAGCUGUCUGGGAAUUCCCUCACGGAGAGCACAAGUAGCGGAUCUCGUGUGGACUCAGCGCUGCAAGCGGGAAGUCAAAACUACGGAGGCUUAGUGGAGCCAGACGAGUUGCGCGUUGAGGAUCAAUCAACUGCUUCUACGCGUAAAUUGGCGUCAACUUCAACCGAGAUUCCUUCGCAUCAGCCAGUGCAGGGUCCAAGUUUACAAGGGCGGCUCAACUCCGGAUUUGCAACUGGCCUAGGCUCAACCACCCAAUCCGAAUCGACUAGCCUACCGCAUCCCGAAGCUGACGUGCUUGGUGACCCGUUGUUGGAACGAUCUACGAAAUCAGCAUCUAUUUUUGAUCAUUUCGUAUUCCAGUCACAAUUACCUUUCGAUCUUGACGACGUCACACCAACGAACUCGGAUCACUCGCAAGCAGGUAACAACGCGCCCAUUGGAUCACCAGAUUUCGAGGGUCCCGACACGUCUCAGGAAGCAGCACCCAAAGACUUGGUGUAUGAGAACGGUGCUGCACCAUCGCAGCACUCCUCGCAGGCAGCUCAGAUUGUACAAAAUCUUCUGUUAAGCCGAUCUCAAUCGGCCGGAGAAUUCUCAGUUUACGACGGCAAUAGCGACGACGACGACAACGACAUCAUCCCAGGAACAGUUUCGCUCCGUCCCGGGGAGGAGGUACAGAAUUCGCAAAACUCUAGCCAGGCGCUUAGUGAGUUGGAUGGUAACACCAGGAACUCAUCGUCUAGCCUUUUGAGUCGCGUACCAGUCUUACAAGUCGACUCCAACGGCAUCGCAUCACCUGUGCACAUCGCGGACCAGUCCACUGGUGAAAGUGAAGUCGAGGGCUGCCAGAUUAAGCAUUCUGCGUCCUGGUCUCAGCGACCUGCCCAAGACGUACGACAAGUAAACUCGACUAACAUGGAUGACACAUCAACCGCAAGCACGCCAAUGUCGGCGCGUGAGAGACUUCGCCGCAUCCGUGAGGCCAGUUACCGCCAGAUCAACUUUGAUGCGACGCGGCUCAAUGCUGGCAUCGGCACUGCCGAUGCCCCGACAGAAGAGGCUUUAAACCUCGAGACUGCCCUGGACCUGGAGCAGCCGGUUGAAGGCAGCCCGGCUCUGGUGUCCCCGUCCACACUGUUGCCUUCUGUGGAGACGGACCAGAAUGAGGCUGUAUCUCGGGCGUACGAGGCGCUCCCCAAUGAACUGUUGCAGUUGGAUGCGCCAGUUUUUGACGGCCCCUCUCUUCAGGCUGAACACAUUGCAGCUCCAGCAAAGGGCCUGGUCGCCGGGCCAGCAGAAGGCUUCAGUGCAGCCCCAGCUGGGGAUUUUAACCCAGGUUCAGCACAUGAUUUCAAUGCAGUUCCGCCGGCGGCCUAUGAUGCCGCACCGGCUGACCCCCCUACCACGUUGGACCCCUCUGCGCUGUCCCUCUUGGUAGAAGGGAAUGCGCCUGCAAGCCCAUCAAUUCUAAGCGACGACAUGAUGAUGGACUACCCUUAUCCUCAAGUGCCUCUUCAGAGCAUGUCGAAAUCUUCCGAAAAUACGGAGUCACAGGAGUAUCCCAGCAGCCUGCUUCCACUUAUCUCGAUCGCGCCGAAUGAGUACCUGGUCACUCUACCUCUAGCCAGCAGCAUACGUCCUCAGUACACUGAAGUCAUCAACGAGGCUAGCCAAUACUUCAAGGCUUUCAACGCUGCCUUCACUGUUGUGCCGCAUCGAGAGGUCGACGUAGGUUUGGUAGAAAAGAUAGACGACGUGUUCAUUCGCCUGUUCGACCUGUGUGAUUUGCCACCAUUUUUGGAAACACUGCCAUCGAUGUCUCCGGAUGCAAUCACAAAGCACGUCAAGGGAUCAAACAGCAAGUUGGCAUUUGUGGGAGAAUUUCUCGAUAGGCUACGCCACUUAGAGUCUCAGAAAAAGGUUCUCAUCUUGACAAGGCCAGGUCAAGUUUUUGAUCUUAUCAACAAUAUUGUCCGAACCGGGGGCUACCGCCAAAUACGGUCAAAUGGCAAAGAUGACGCUAGCUCUUCAGGAACCCAACAUCCUACUGUUAUGGUUUAUUCGACAGCCGAUGAUAUGGCCUUGCCUCCAAAGGACUUUGACAUCGUCAUCGGUUACGACCACACAUUCGACCAAGAGCUCCUGCCCGCUAGAGAUGAUGGCACGCCUCUGAAGGUUUUGACCCUUGUGACAACGGCUAGUAUCCAACAUAUCAACAUGCGUAUCCGUGCCGAACUGGAUCCGCUCAAGCGGAAGCAUAUCCUAUUAGCUGCCUUAUGGAUGGCGCGAGAGGCUAUCGAGGAGCCUGACCAUGGGUUCCCGCAUGAGUUUCAUAUGAAGGAGCCGCACGCGGUUGCGGAGCUUUUCGCAAAUUAUAUGGAAACGGCUGAUGAAGAUGACUUCUACUGGGAGCCACAAGAGCUUCCUGAGGGCAUUUUUGAUAUAUAUGCAAGCUCCCAGGGAGAACCGACUCAAUCAAGUAACGGUGUGGUGGAACAACCACCUGGCCGUAAGCGUUCUCAUGAUGAGGUGGAUGUAAUGUCAUCCAAACGUGCCAAAACGUGUCAGCCCCCCGUUGUCUCGCAAACAUCUCGGAUCAAAGACUCUGUGAGGAGCUUGAUAGGUGGCACUCUGGUACCAGCAGGUCCGAACCAAGCAGCCGUUAUUGUCCCUGUUCAGAAGCUUGAAACACUUUCAACAAGGAUUUUAAAGUUGGAAGCCGAACUACAGGAGACUAGGGCUCAAAGAGAGAGUUUCCGCGAACUCAGCGACCGUACAAAACAGGAACUUGACAGCUGGGUCACAUCCCUCAAGAAAAUUCAACCGAAAUACAUGGUUGCUCUCAAAGACCGCGGCACCUUCCAAGCGGAGCGUGAUGCCGCCCGCAAAGAAGCUAAUGUUACAUCUGCUCGCUUGGAAUCCGCCCAGGAUGAGAUUGAUGCUCUCAAAAAGACCAAUGCCACACUCGAGAGGAAACUCGGGGAGGCGAACGAAUCUCUUUUGACGUCAGCCAACCCCGAGCUCGCCAAAAUGGCUCGUCUCCGAAAAGACAACGAUAACAAUAGCAUGAAGAUAACAGCGCUGGAAAAGAAAGUCACAUUGGCAGAGAACGAGGUGGAGUUCUUCCGGGACCGUUUCCAGCAGGCAUCGCAGGGAACGAGGGACCUCAUAGACACCAAAGCAGACCUAAAGCGCCAAGUAGAAGAGCUAUCGCGCAAGGCAUCUGACAACAUCGUUAAGGUCAAUAAGAUCCAAGCGCAGAGUGAAGCCCGCGAACUCACACGGAUGCUGAACGAACAAACAGCUAUUGUACGCGAUCGAGAUAAUGAGCUCAACCGCGUCAAGGCCGAGUUGCGAAGUGCCAAGAAUGGUCGGAGGGAGACGAGACAAAGCAGCGUGCCGCAAAGCCCUCGAAUGGGUGGCUUGGGGGUUCUGAGUCCCAGAAAUGCUGGGCGCAAUACGAGUGCUGCGGUCGGGGCCCCCAGCAGCCGCGGUACCAGCCCAGCAGCGCCGCCAGGCGUAUUUGACGGACACGGUGGGCCUCUCUUCGGGCAGCAGCCAGGUAACGGCCGAUUUGCACACUUGAGGGACUAG